AUGGGUUGUAAUCAAAGCAAAGUGAAAUUUCAACAAGUGUUUAAGAGAAAGAGGGUAAGCGCAAGUUAGCCCUUGAUGAUUUAUUUGUAAUAAACCACAAAAAGUGAUGUUUUUAAGCGUAUUUUAGCUGUGCGCUAAGACCGCGAGCGAUAUCCGUUGAACAAUUAUGGCGUCACCAUUGCCAUAUAAGGGAAAAAAUUAAAUAAAUUCUGACCAAUCACAGGACACCGUCUUCGGCGCCAGCUUAGCCAUAUAAGGAAACAAAAUGAGAUAAUUCUGACCAAUCACAAAACAUCGUUUUCAGGCCACUGUGUCAUAGCGUAUGCAUAACCAGAAAGGGAAAUAAAUAUAAUUGAAUGAUUCAAAGGGAACAAUUGUUGCUCCUGUAAAUAUGUAACCGUAGUAAUCGUUCACCAUUAGCAUAGAAUGCCUAAAAUGCGCGCAAUUCCGCAAUAGCCUUAGGCUGUCCAUAAAUGUAGCAGCGUGUUUUGUCGACGUCUCAAGUGUGUGCAUUUAAAAUAGAGGGAUUAAGAGUUACGUUUGCGACAAACGGAAAACGUUCAAGUUAGAACAUUUCUCAGAGGAGAAAAUAAGCAGAUAAGAACUGUCCAGAACAAUUCUUAUGGUUAAAACUGGUGUAAAAGUACUUAUUUUUAAGUAGAAGUAAUAAACAGUAAACGACAAUUAAGGGGAAAGCUUGGUCUCGUGGUACAAAUUCAACCGUCGAUCACUUAACUCUCAGCGCGCGCACGUUUAGUAACUAAAUAGUCUCGCACAAAAAUACUGUUUUAGCCGGGUUUCUACCAGUUUUUAACCUAAAGGCCGUCAGAUUAGACCUGAUAAUCAAAUUCCCAAAUCAUCGGCAAAAUGUCGGCAUACAUGGGUGAGGAUCAAAAAAUGCUUCAAAUGCCAACAAGCAUCGAGUUGAGUUUUAACCACCUCCGCUCUUGUUUAAUUGUUUUACAAUUAGUGAAUUUAAAAAUAUAACGAAUUCAAUAAUCAAAGUACUCAUUCGUUAAAAAGUAGAAUAACGUAAAACAUUAUCAUUCCGAAAGAAAAAAGGGGUUCAAAUUCAUUGUGAGGUAAUUUCAAAUGUUGCAAGCUCCAUAGGCGUAGCACAUCAACUGAACUUUUGUCUUGGUAAAAAAAAGUUGAAAGUGAUGUAGAACCCGGAAGACCAAAAUAGGCCAUUUCAGAGUUUCCCCAACCAUCUGUUUCAAAGCGAGGCUAAGUGCAAAGCAUUUAUAUGCAAAUGACUUUAAUUUAUUCUCAUGCAAAUUAAAGUCAUUUCCACAAAAGUCUUUGCCCUUGGCCUUGUUUUGAAAGUAAGGGGUUUUGAGACGCGGAAAGCCUCAUUGCUCCAGCCAAAAUCUUCAAAUACGAACAAUUCCACAAUUGAUUUCGGCUCCUUUUAAGUCAUUAAAGAACUCAGUAAAUUUAGAAUAGAAUACUUAUGACAAGAGAAAACUGAAAAGCUUAAGCUAAUGAAUAGCAACUUUUUUUGGUUCUCUUAGGCGACCAAGAGAACAACUACUUGGUAUGUGGAGUUUGAAACUGAAGCUCAGUGCAGUUAUGAAUCCAGUUCGCCUAUCAAUCAAACAACUCCACAGAAAACAGCCCCAAAAUUCACCACCCACUACGAGAAAAACACCUCUCCUUUAACUUUCAUGAUGAGGAAAGAUAGCGAGUGGGUGGAGUUAUACGAUCAAGAAGAAUUGAUAACAUGUUUGAAAACAUGCUUGAACUAUGAAGGUGUCCUUGAAAAUGGAACACAUGUUUUCAUGCUUACUCCAAGGCAGCUGCUAGAGAUGAAAACCUAUGAAAAUCAAUGUAUUUAUGAACUACCCUGGAAGGGCUGUAUGGCCUUGGAGUACUUUAUUAGGUAAGUGAAAAGUAUGCUAUAAUACAAAAUGAAAGUCCGGCGUUUUUGCGUAAUAAAAUUUGACCUUACUUAAACGGAUAUUUUAUUUGAAAAGCAAAACACCCUAUAGGCUGCGUUGGCAUAUUAAGAAGCGGUGAGAUCACUGCCUCGAUUUGCUAUGGUUUGCGCAAACGUUCUGUGGAUCACGACAGAAAAUGUGCAAGCGCUGACCACAAUUUGAUGCUAAAAGGUUCUUAUGCGCAUCAAAUCAUCACUCUUAAGGAAAAGUAGAUCUUAGCGACAGAUCGGAUAAUUGCACCCGAAAAGAAAAUUGAGUAAUAUCCACAUAGUUGCUUAGGCUAUCCUUGAAAAGUGUAUAGCUACCCCCACAAUUUUGUUCCUCUUGCUAAGAAUUCUUUGCCUAAUCAUAGGAUAUCAUCCGUGAAAAAUACCUUAAGUUUGUAUCGAGAGGCAAUGUUCUUGUUAGCAAAUCUAAUGGUGCGCAAAAGGCAUUCGCGUAAGAAUUUAACAUGUAGAUUGGUGUAAACAGAGACAGAUUCUAAAUCCUAAUCUUUCCAUGUUUUAAUUCCACAGCUAUAUUCAAAAAGCAAUUGAAACAAAGGUUGAGAAUGAUCCCUUUGUUAUUGUCUUCGAAGACAUUGACAAUGAACCAGGUUGCAGCAAAAUGUGCACCAAUCUGAUUAAAAAGACCUGCCAAAGACUGCAGAUGAGGUAUGCUAAAAGAUCAUAAUACACGUCGUUUAGUCUGCUUUUGAAACACUGAAGUGAAAGCUGUGUUUCUCGAUUCCUACCCCAGUUUCUUGGACUUCUGAUCUUUCCGUUCCCGGCCAUCCCCUUUCUCUACCCAUAUGUUCUUCUUCUUGUUGCUCGUCUUCCUUUUUUCUUUCAACGUCCUCUUUAAUUUCGUGUGCAAACGAUGCUGUAGAUAAUUAAAAUCAGCUUUACAUUCCCUGCCGGUAAUUGUUUCAAGUAUACUCAUAACGUAAAAACUAACUUUUAGUACGUUUCAUGCUAUAAUUACAGGUUUUGAACAGAAAGGAAAAAGAAAAAAAUAUAUGUAGUAGUCUAGCUUUAUAUAAUAUAAGCAAAGGACAGCCAGGCCCAAGUAAACCAAGACAACACUAGCUACCCUUUUUGAAGUACAUAUGUCCCGAUACCAAACUCACCCAUCAUAGGCGGAGUUUUAUCAUUUGCUGUUAUUCUCUAAUUGUUACAAAUGAAAAACACAACCUUAACCAUGAAUAAUGUUAGGUUAACUUUUGUUUUAUACAGGUUUAAAGGGGGGUUGGAGAAUGUAUAUAUCUACAGGCCAUCAGGUCUGCUCGCACGUGAGCUCUCCGUGCGAAAGCUCUUCAACCUCCCCUUUGUCAGGUAAGAAUCACUGCAAAUAAUAUAAAAUUGUAUUAGAAAAAUUGGAAUUAUACAUUAGAAAAAACAGUCGACACUUUCUGUGUUUUAAAUUCGUCAACAUAUUUAUACGAUGUAUUUUUUCUGUUGCAGCUAUGAAAUUGAGAACAAGCUUGUUAUAGCUUAUGAUGAAUUCUCUAUGGCACAGCUGACAAAAACCUCAGGUGUGUACAAGUGCUUUCAGCUAAGUUUCUAUAUGUAACGAACAGCUACUUGGUUUACCCAUAACAGACCACCGAACAAAGAGGCUAAGAAAUACUAAGACUGAGGUCGUCUUUUUUAUCAUCAUUAAAUAUAUUCAAUAUAUCCGUGCAAGAGUCGAAAUUCGGGUUUCUUUAUACAAAGAACACAGUCCCUCCUCGGUCAGCCAUGCAUGCAAUGAUAUUUGCUUACGUGAUGAAGGCGUUACUAUCGAACGUGAGUGCCAUCUAGUAAAUUUGCUUUCACGAACCAUUGAUAACAGAAGCAGCCUUUUGGGCAAAAGAGCCCAGUAAGGAAAAAAAUAGAUAUGUUUUAGGUUAGAAGGUUUCCAUUUAAAUCAAUUGAGAAGACGAAUGGGGAAGGAGGUUUGCCUCUCUGUAAAAGCAAAUAAUUCAAUGACAGAACUCAUCGCUUGUAUAUAACUCAUAGUUGUUACUCAUUUUCUUUUGUAGGCUUGCGUAGCAGUCUCCAGGUCAUGCACCAAGAAGCAGUUUUCGUGCCAAAUGACGAAAUUCAGUCACCCUAUAUGGUGGUCUGCGGAAUUUAUAGCUUAUAUUUCUAA